GAGGAGUUCGCUCAGGGGGGCGACAGAGGAGUCACCUCACUGGGCGGUGAAGCGAUGCCAGGGCCGGGUGUGAGGCCACCUGCGUAUCUCGACGCAGCCGAAACGGUCGCCGUCCAGCUGGAUCCGAGUCCCGUGACCUUUGAGGAGGUGGCCAUGUCUUUCUCAGAGGAGGAGUGGGCUCUCCUGGACCCGGACCAAAGGGCUCUCUACCACGAAGUCAUGUCGGAGAGUCUCCUGAACGUGGCCACUUUAGGCCGAGGGGAGCCUCCCCGCUCAGAACUCGGAUGCUUCCGGAUGCUGCGUCCACUCCGCGACGGGUCAUGUUUGGGGAUUCUGCUCGCGCCGUCAUCUUUUUCCGGGCUGCCUUCGCGCGUCCGAGUCAAGCUGCACACGGAGAGCCAGACGGACGCUUUGGGGCCCGGACAACCCCCCCACGUCCAUCAGAGGAUCCGGGACUUUGCAGGUG